AGUGUAUUAUUAUUCAAAAUGGCGGAAAAUGCUCCGGGCCGCUAAUGAAGAAGCAGUUUUGUAAAAGGAGAACGAAGUGGUUGUAAUAACAAGUUGACAAGGUUUACCCGCAGAAAAAUUGACAGCGUCAUAUCUUCGUGCCAACACUGACCGAUUUUUGACAAGGGGUCGGGCAAAAUCACGGUAUAAAGAUGAAUAGUGAAACCACUGCUGACACCGUUACUAUUGGAAGCAAUGGACAAACAGAAUCCAAACCUGUAAAUACUUUGACAAAUGUUGGUGCAACAUUGCAACAACAAUUGCAGUCAGCAUUAUUGGCUCAGCAGUUCCCACUCGCAACGGCAGGAGCACAAACUGGUUUCCUGAUUCAGAACCCAUAUGGACAACCAGCUGUGAUUCCAGUAUCUGCUGGCCUACCCACUGCUGGUAUACAGAUAGCUGAUCUCCAGCAGCUGCAACAACUGACACAGCAACUUACUCAGCAACAACAGCAACUUCAACUACAGCAGAUUCAACAACAGGUGACCAACACGCCAAGCGCCAGUUCUGCUAACACAACAACAGUGGUCACUCAACAGGCCCCUAUCACAUCUGCCACUUCUCAACCAGCACAGCAAAUCCAGGCCACUCCUCUAGCUACCACCACCACUCUGCAGGGGCUGGCAGGUGCCCUACAGGGAACCCAGCAGUUGGUAUUUCUCAACCCUGCACAACUCACCACUGGGCUCCAGCCACUUUUGAUUCAAAACCAGGGAAUUCCAGUGUUAACUGCAGCCACUUUGGCCUCUCUAACACAGCAAGUUCAACAGCAACAACAGCAACAAACACAGCAGCCUCAACAACCAGCAGCUGCUGUGUUGCAACAGCUUCAGCAACUGCAGAAUGCAAAUACACAACCACUUCAGAUCCAGGUUUCUGCAACUCCACCAGCUCCACAGCCUGGAACUCCUGUUAAGGUCCAAAAUACAAUGACCAAAAUAUCCAAUUCCUCCCAGAUUGUUUUACCUGCAGUGUCCACUGCCAAUGCUGUUGUCAAGUCUUCCCCUGAAGAACUGUCUGCUGCUGGUGUUGUGGACGAGAUACCCCCAGAAGAAAACAUUGACUUGGAAGAACUUGAGCAGUUUGCAAAAACUUUCAAAAGAAGGAGAAUAGAAUUAGGUUUCACCCAAGGUGAUGUUGGCUUAGCUAUGGGGAAACUUUAUGGAAAUGAUUUCAGCCAAACAACCAUAUCAAGAUUUGAAGCUUUGAACCUGAGCUUUAAGAAUAUGUGCAAGUUGAAACCACUUUUACAGAAGUGGCUUAAGGAUGCGGACACAAUGUGUGCCAAUUUAAAUACCCCUGUGGGAGGAAGUCCUGGAGGCAAUGGCAACAGUCUGUCUCCUGAAUCAGUGGCCAGAAGGAGGAAAAAGAGGACAAGUAUAGAGACUAAUAUUCGAGUGGCUCUGGAAAAAAGUUUUCAGCAGAACCCCAAACCUUCCUCGGAGGAAAUCACUGGUGUUGCAGACCAACUGAAUAUGGAGAAAGAGGUUGUGCGAGUGUGGUUUUGUAAUCGUAGACAAAAACAGAAGAGGAUUAAUCCUCCAUCAAAUUUUAACGCACAGCUCUCAUCCCCUCUGUCUCCGCCAAUCACUCCUGUUCAAGUGGUAGCUACGCCUACAAAUCAGUUAACCACACCCAAUUCACAAAACACUAUGACUCUUCCCACCAUCAUCAGUUCUUCCACAGGUGCCACUAUUGUUGCUGCAUCCACACCCUCCUCUAUGCCAGGGACCAAUCAAAACUUUAUAAUGGCCAAAUUAGCGCCUACUUCUACCUCGGGAUCCAAUCAGGUCAUUUUGACACAAGCAUUACCAACGACAGUAUCUACUGCCCAGGGAAUUUCUCUUCAACCAACUCAACAAAUCAUCCCACAGAAAAUAGAAUUUACUACUUCAUGAACGCAAUAAAUCAUCCAAUAAAAAAUAGAAUUUGCUACAUAGAGAUUUUUCUGUGGGAAAAUAUUUUUUCUUAAUUUUUUUUUAUAUCAUUCCAAAGAAGAGGAGUACAACAAAUCUGAUAUUUUUAACAAAGAUGAAAUGGAUAUAUUUUUUCUGGACGAGUAAUUUUGAUGUAGAUACAAAUGUACCAAAGCAAGACAGAGUAUGAUCAUGUAUGAAUUAAAUUUAUUCUUGUACAUUAAUUAUGUUGUCUUCCAUUUGGGAUUAUUCCUCAUAAAUGACAUGACUUCAGAAUUUAAUGCAUCAUCUAAUGAAUGAUUUUAAAAUAAAUAUCACAUCUUUAAAUCUUAA